AUGGAUUAUGUAUGUCAACAUUGUGAUGCUAAACAUUUUCAUAAAGAACAAAUAUGGGGCAAGAAAAAUUCUUAUAAUGAUUGUUGUAGCCAUGGCGGUGUAAGGUUGCAAACAAAAGAGUAUCCUUAUGAAUUGAGAGUAUUGUUAGAUGGAUCACAUCCUAAAUCUGCUCAUUUUAUGCAAUGUGUCAGAUGUUAUAAUACUUCUUUUGCUUUUGCUUCUUUUAAUGCAAAUAUUGUUGAUUUCAAGGAAAGAAGACGAGGUCCGUAUUGUUUUAAAAUUCAAGGUCAAAUAUAUUAUCAGAUGAACAGUGCCUUAUAUCCAGAAAAUGGAGUUGAUCCAUGUUUUGGACAGUUAUUUAUUUAUGAUGCUGAUGAUGCAGUUCAGUUUAGAUUAAACUACAAUGAAAAGUUAGACACUGAAAUUCUAUAUAGUAUAGAAAAUGUUAUGAGAACAAACAAUGCUUUUACUAAAUCGUUUAUGAUGAUGAAAGAAGUUAUUGAUAUGGAAACAGAGUUAGCUAGAGCAAACGAUGAACAAGUUCCUGAAUUGAAAUUAUUAUUUACUUUAAAGAAAGGAAUGGAUCGAAAUAGAUACAAUUUUCAGAGAGUAAAUGAAGUAGCUGCUAUUUUUAAUACUAAUUCAGAAGGAGAAGUUCCAGAAUGUUAUGUUACAGUUCAUAAUAAACAAACUCAAGAAUUACAGUUGGUGAGCAAUUUAGAUCCUAAUGUUGAACCUUGGGUUUAUCCAAUUUUUUAUCCAUAUGGUAGUGAGGGUUUUAAUAUUAAUAUGAUUCGUACUGACAGUCAGAACAGACGAAAAAAAGUGAAAGUUUCUAGAGCUGCUUUUGUUAAGUAUAAGAUAGCAAUAAGAGAUAAUGAAUUUAAUCCUUUUUUACAUGGUGGGAGAUUAUUGCAACAAUAUUUAGUUGAUAGUGGUGUUAAGUAUGAGAAGGAUAAACUUUCUUAUUGUGAAAAUAAUCAAGAGCAAUUGAGAUGUGACAGUUAUAAAGGAUUAAUUGAUUAUAUGCAUAAUUCAUCAAAUGAACACGAAAUACGUAUUGGGAAAAUGGUUAUUUUACCAUCUACAUUUAUUGGAUCACCUCGUAAUAUGAUGCAGCAAUAUCAAGAUGCUAUGGCUAUUGUUCGAAAACAUGGGAAACCUGAUUUAUUUAUAACAAUGACAUGUAAUCCACAGUGGAAAGAAAUACAAGAAAAUUUGUUUUUAAAUCAAACAGCAUCUGACAGACCUGAUAUUGUAGCAAGAGUAUUCUCCUUAAAAGUGAAUCAUUUAGUUGAAGUUGUUGUCCGUCAAAAGUUGUUUGGUGAAGUUAAAUCUUUUGUUUAUGUCACAGAAUUUCAAAAACGAGGGUUACCGCAUAUUCAUAUGUUGGUGAUAUUGAAAGAAAAGUCUAAAAUUUUAACACCAGAAAGUGUUGAUCGUUUUAUCUCAGCAGAAAUUCCAGACGAGAAAACUAAUUCUACAUUACAUAAAAUAAUAAUGCAAAAUAAUAUUCAUGGACCAUGUGGAGAUUGGUGUAUAGUUGAUGGCAAAUGUUCUAAAAAAUUUCCAAAAGCUUUUCAAAAUGAAACUACAAUGGGAGAAGAUUCGUAUGUGUUAUACCGGCGAAGAGAUGUAGGUAAGACGUAUGAAAGACCUAAUGGUUAUAUUGUAGAUAAUAGACAUGUUGUCCCUUUUUCACCAGUGCUGUCACAAAUAUUUAACUGUCAUAUUAACGUUGAAAUUGUUUCAAGUAUAAAUUCUGUGAAAUAUUUAUACAAGUAUAUUUAUAAAGGUCAUGAUGCAGCUUCUAUUAUUAUUACAAAUGUUGAUGGACAAAAUAUUCUUAACCAUAAUGAAAUACGUCAUUAUGAAGAGAAUAGAUAUCUUGGUCCAGUUGAAGCAGUAUGGCGAAUACUUAGUAAACCUUUAGGAAAAAAAAGUCACAGUGUUAAUCGUUUACCUAUACAUUUGCCAAAUGAACAAAAUGUUAUUAUUCGUGAAGGACAAGAUAAUAAUCAGAUUUCAUUUCUUCUAGAAAGAAACACAAAACUAUUAGAUUAUUUUGAUUUAAAUAAACGUGACAGAAAUGCUCAUCAGUAUUAUUAUUCAGAAAUUCCAGAACAUUACACAUGGAAAAGUGAUAAUCUUCAAUGGAGUCAAAGAAAACGUUUUGACAAUAUAAUAGGAAGACUAUAUUCUGUUAGUCCUUCUCAAAUAGAAUUGUUUCAUUUGAGAUUGUUGUUGCUUACAAGAAAAGGUGCUACUUCCUUUGAAGAUUUACGAACAGUUAAUGGAGUAGUAUAUGAAACUUUUACUUCUGUUUGUUUAGCAUUGGGUCUUAUAGAAGAUGAUCAUGAAUGGAUUAGAACAAUUGAGGAAGCUGCUGUAUGGAUGAUGCCUCAAUUACUUCGUCGAUUAUUCGUUAGAAUUUUAAUUCAUUGUCAUCCUGUAGAACCUAAUGAUUUGUGGGAACGAUUUAAGGGAAUCAUGUCAGAAGACUAUCGGGAAAUAGACAAUAUUGAAGCAGAAAAAAAAGCUUAUAGACAUAUUAAAUCAUUAUUAUACCAAGAAGGAUAUAUCCUAACAGAUUUUCAAGGAUUAUUAGAUAUAGAAGAUGAACCACAUAUUUUAAAAGAAAAUAAUGUCAUGCAUGUUGAAGAUCAUAUUAUUUUAGGAAAUGAAAAGUACAGCCAAUUAAAUGCAAAACAAAAAUAUGUUGUUGAUUAUGUUUUAAAAUCAGUGGAUGAUUUUGUUACAAAUAAUUGUAGUUGUGUAUAUGUUGAUGGUCAGGGCGGUUCUGGUAAAACUUUUAUGUAUAAUACUUUGUGGCAUUUAUUAAAAAGUAGAGGAAAAAAUGUUUGUAAUAUGGCAUUUACAGGAAUUGCUGCAACUCUACUACCUAAUGGUAAGACGGUUCAUAAAAUAUUGGGUUUGCCUGUCCCUUUGUAUGGUGAUUCAUCUUCAAGUAUUAAAUUACAAUCUAAAGAAGGAAUUUUUUUGAAGGAUACUGAUGUCUUUAUUUGGGAUGAAGCACCAAUGGCUCCAAAAUAUGCUUUAGAAAUUAUGGAUAAAUUAUUAAGAGAUAUUAUGAACUCCAACGAGCCCUUUGGUGGAAAAGUAUUGAUUUUAGGUGGAGAUUUUCGACAGAUAUUACCAAUUAAAGAAAGAGGAACAAGGUCAGAAAUUGUAAAUUUAUCAAUAAAAAAUAGUAAAGUUUGGAAACAUUUUACCAAGUUUACUUUAACAGAAAAUAUGAGAGCUUUGCCAGAAGAAACUACAUUUGUAGAAUUUUUACUAAAGGUUGGAAAUGGUGAAUUAAAUGAUGUAGAAGAUAAUAUUGAAUUACCAGAAAAAAUAAUUCAAAAAGGAAAUGUCGAUAUUGUUGAUGAUGUGUAUGGUGACAUAAUUCGAAAAAAUAAAUUUCAGGAAAUAGCAAAUCGUGCAAUUUUAGCUCCUAGAAACGUUGAUGUUGACGAUAUUAAUAAAAGAGUGGUGCAAUUAUUAGAUAGUGAUAAAGAAAAAAUUUAUAAAAGUGUUGAUUCCACUGAAAAUUGUGAUAAUGGUGAUUUUAGUGACACAAUUUUACCGGAAUAUUUAAAUAGUCUUUCACCACCGGCUUUACCUCCUCAUGAAUUACAUUUAAGAAUACAUAGUGUAGUGAUGCUUAUAAGAAAUUUAAGUAUAAAUGAGGGUUUGUGCAAUGGAACAAGAUUGUUAAUCUUAGAUUUAUUAAAUAAUGUAAUAAAAUGUCAAAUAUUGACUGGAGCUAAGUGCGGAGAUAUUGUUUUCUUGCAUCGUAUAACAUUAUAUUGUGAAAAUGUUUAUCCUUUUGCAUUUAAAAGGAGACAGUUUCCUAUAAAACUGGCAUUUGCUAUGACUAUAAAUAAGUCUCAAGGCCAAACUUUUAAUAAAAUCUCAAUUGAUUUAAGAAGAGAUGUUUUUAAUCAUGGUCAGUUGUAUGUAGCAUUGUCGAGAGUACGUUCAUUUGAUUCAGUCAAAGUAUAUUUAGGUGAUCAUAGAAGUCAUAAGUUAAAAAAAAAUUAUGUUUAUUCUGAAGUUUUAGAAGAAGUUGAUAAAAUUGUAAUUACUUGA